AUGGCUUCUGCCACCUUUGCGAGCAGUGAUGAACUCCAGCGACGGAAGGACAACUGGGCUGGGCCACCAUUUAAUGCUAUCUAUGCUGGUCUCGCAGCUCACUUCCAUCUCCUGGCUGGCGCGACCUUUGCCUUCACCGUGCGCGAUAGCGUCUACCCGCUAGACUUUGCGCAAUAUGAAUUCCAUAGUGGCAAUCGGCGAGACGGUUGGCCUGGGCUCUCCGAGUUCAUCUUGAGCAAGGUGAGGGACUAUCAGCAGAACCACAGUCAAAAGUUCAUCGGUUUAGCCAUGUCGACUGAGCUGUCUGAACGGUGUCCCGAGCUCUGCUCGCGCCUUUGGGCCGAGCUGGACAUCAUCCCGAUUGUUCUCCGCAAAUCGGAGGAAAACAUCAGUUGGGGUUUAUAUGAAGAUAACUUAGCAUCGAGGUCCCUGGACGAACACGCCGAGUCGAUUGCAAGGAAAUGUAUCCGAUUCUUUGGCCCUAGCCAAGUUCCUAUUCCAGAGAUCGGUAUCCAAGGCCUAGUAGAGGUUGAUGCCGCAUUCCAUGUAAAGAUGACCCGGCUUCCGGACUAUGAAAAGACCGUGGGAGCUGCGACGUGGGCGGCAAUCAACACGUACGCCAAUGAUCUAAAGAAACGCAGGAUAAAGAUAGCCUUCUUCAGCGCGACUCCGCAGGGUGGUGGUGUCGCCCUAAUGCGACAUGCCAUGGUUCGGUUUGCAAAGCUACUUGGAGUCGAUCUUAAGUGGUAUGUGCCGAAGCCCAGGCAUGGGGUCUUCCGAAUCACCAAGAACAACCAUAAUAUCCUGCAGGGUGUCGCACCUCCCGGCACGCGUUUCACACUGGAAGAUCGGAAUCUCCUCCAUGAUUGGGUCCUUGAGAAUGCGGAACGCUACUGGCUUAAAGGAACAGCGUCCCAAGCUCCGCCGUGGUUGGAGCAUCUUGGCCCCCAUGUCCAUCGGUUAUUCCAGGAAUAUGGCGCGCCGGCCCCGCCAUGGUUUCAAAAGAAUGGCCCUCUAAUGCCACCGUGGGAGGGAGGGGCUGACGUGAUCGUCGUUGACGACCCGCAGCUGCCAUGGUUGAUUCCACUCAUCAAGGAACGAACUCCGGACCGGCCGGUCAUUUUCCGUAGUCACAUCCAGAUCCGAGGCGAUCUGGUCGAUACACCGGGCACACCGCAGGCUGAGUCCUGGGAGUUCUUGUGGGAGGCAAUCAAGCAAGCAGACCUCUUUUUGAGUCAUCCCAUACGCGCCUUUGUUCCGAAAAAUGUGCCGCCAGAAAAGCUUGGAUAUCUGCCCGCAUCCACAGACUGGCUCGACGGACUGAAUAAGCCCAUGACGGACUGGUGCACCUGUUACUACGGGCGGGUUUUCAACUCGACGUGCCGGGAACGGUACAUGCCUAACAUUGCGUUUCCCGAAGAGGACUACAUUGUACAGGUUGCUCGAUUUGACCCUUCAAAAGGAAUCCAAGAUGUCCUUACGUCCUAUGAAGCGUUCCAUAGACGUCUCGUCGGGUCACUCUAUGAGGCCGCCUUGGAAUUUGUCAAGCAGCAUCUCGAGCACAUUCGGUCACUGAUCUGUAUUAUGCGUAUCGGCCCCAGUGACCAGAUGCUUCACGCUCUUUUAUCCAAGGCGAGGAUCGUCCUGCAGCUCUCCACCCGCGAAGGGUUUGAAGUUAAGGUCUCCGAGGCACUCCAUCUGGGCAAACCAGUGAUCGCAACCCUUGCCGGAGGAAUCCCGCUGCAAGUUCAACAUGGCAAGAAUGGAUUUCUGGUCGAGGUCGGCGACACCGAAGCAGUGGCUAACCAUCUCUUUGAACUGUGGAUGGACCAAGAAAUGUAUGCUCGCAUGAGCACAUACGCGGCUAGCAGUGUGAGCGACGAGGUGAGCACCGUUGGCAAUAUGCUAUCGUGGUUUUAUUUGGCGUCGAAGUUGUCGAAAGGAGUCAGCAUUCAGCCCAAUGAACGCUGGAUCAACGACAUGGCUCGUGAGGAGGCGAAUGAGCCGUAUUCUCCAGAAGAAAACAGGCUCAAGCGGGAAGUGACAUUAAGACCAGCGGAGUGA